UCAGUUCGACAUGGGCUAGCCCUUAUCCUGCAUCUGUGUAAUCUUUCGAUUUCCACCCAACAAAUGAACAUGAGCAUUGCCUUGCCAGUUAUGGUGAACAACACAGCUCCGCCCAGUUCACCCAAUGCCUCCACAGAAAGGCCACCCACUGACUCCCAGGACAACUGGAAUGAAACUCUGAACGAAUCUAAGGCAGUGGCUGCUGUGUAUGACUGGAGUCCUGAAGUUCAGGGGAUCAUCCUCAGCUCACUCAACUACGGCUCAUUCUUGGCUCCAAUUCCCAGUAGCUAUAUGGCUGAAGUAUUUGGAACCAGGUACUUGUCUGGUACCUGCAUGUUUAUUACCUCAGUCCUGGCCCUCUUCACUCCACUAGCAGCUGAUACUGGAGUGACUGUGCUCAUUGUCCUACGGGUCAUCCAAGGCAUAGUCCAGGUUGUGUUAUUAACAAGUCAGUAUUCAAUCUGGGCUAGAUGGGCUCCACCACAAGAAAGGAGUCAACUCAUCACCAUUGCUGUAGCAGGGUCAGUGCUGGGCUGCUUCAUCAUCUUCAUUGUCGGUGGUUACCUCUGCCAGACUAUAGGAUGGCCUUAUGUCUUCUAUAUCUUUGGUGGAAUUGGCUGUGUCUGUUCUUUUCUCUGGUUUGCUGUCAUUUAUGAUGACCCUGUGAAUCAUCCAUUUAUUAGCACUAGAGAGAAGGAAUAUAUCGUCUGUUCACUGGCUCAAGAGGGUUCUCCACCAGGCUGGUCUCUUCCCAGUAAAGCUAUGAUCAAAUCACUACCACUUUGGAGCAUUCUCAUCUUUUACUUCAGUGAUUACUGGCAUUUUUUUGUCCAGACAUCAUACUUACCAACAUUCAUCACCUCUGUAUUUCAAGCUAACAUCAGAGAUAGUGGGAUACUGUCAGCCCUGCCGUUUGCUUCUGCCUGUAUCUGUGUUGUCCCUGGAGGUCUACUGGCAGAUUUUCUCCUCUCCAGAAAAAUCCUCAGACUCAAUACCAUCAGGAAACUCUUCACUGCUAUAGGGGUUCUCCUCCCAGCUGUGCUCUUCACAUCUGUUUUCUGGGUUAGAUCCAGCUUCAGCACCGCCAUAGCCUUCUUGACAAUCUCUUCUGCCUUCAAAAGCUUCGCCCAAUCAGGAGCCCUUGUCAACUUCAUGGAUAUUGCUCCUCGGUACAGUGCUUUACUCAGGGCACUAGCACAAAUCUUUUCUUACAUGGCAGGAGCCAUCUCUCCCACGGUCAAUGGAUUUUUGAUCAGUCAGGAUCCAGAGCUUGGUUGGAGAAAUGUCUUCUUGCUUUCAGCUGCUGUGGGCAUACUAGGCCUGAUUUUCUACCUCAUUUUCGGCCAAGCAGAGGUGCAGGACUGGGCUAAAUGCAGACAUGCACCCACUUCUGAGCGAACUGAAUUCUUAAAUGAAGAUGGGAAGUGGAGAUUGACCAACUUUGCAACAGUGUAUCAGUUCGACCGCCGCGAGAAAUACCACCGAUUCCGGAAACACAAUGCCUGA